AUGGAAAUUUGCGAGUCGCCGUUUUCACUCUGCUCUGUCACUUUUUUAAGCUUUAGCUGAAAAUCUCUUUAGUCUUUAGACUCUUGAGAGAAUCUGAGACGAAUAUGGAGAAAGCUUUAACCAAAGUGACGAGCUUCAAAGUCGGAGGUUCAUGGAUCUCUAAGAAAGCCAAGGAAGAGCUCUCUAACAUCACCAAUGACCUCACUACAUUCUCUAGUACCGUUGAAGAGAAAGCGAAAUGGGUUUUCAACAAGCUUAAAGGAAAACCACUCAAAAGCUUACCAGAUCUUCUCAAAGAGUACAAUUUACCACCAGGUCUCUUCCCACAAAACAUAAUCUGCUACGAGUUCGACGAGACAAAGAACAAACUCACUGUCUUCUUCUCCUCACCAUGCGAAGUCACAUUCAAAGAUGGAUCAGAGAUAAGAUACGCCACGCGCGUGAAAGGGAUAUUGCUUAGAGGGAAAUUGAUGGGUGUAGAAGGAAUGAAGACAAAAGUGUUGGUUUGGGUUAAAGUCACAACAAUCUCAGUCGAGAGCUCAAAAUCCGACAAGCUCUGGUUCACCGCUGGUGUCAAGAAAUCUCGAUCUAAGAACGUUUACGACACUCCUCAUGACGCGAUCAAAGUCGUUGGAGAGUUCUAAGGUUUUUUUCUUCAACGGUUAUAUUAACAUAUUUGAUUCUUAAGUUUCAUUAUUGGUUAUUUGGGUUUCUGCAUCUUGGGAAGUGGUAUUACUGGUAUAUAUAUAACUCUCAUUUUGGUUGAA